CUGUGUUCAUUUGAAUUUAGCAAUUGUUUAGGUGUUAACUCUUUGCCCUGCUAAACAGAAGCACUUUGAGCAAAUGAGCAGAGAGAAAGGCAGGUGUUCCCAUUAAUGGCCAGCUAUUUUAUAAAAUAGGGCUGUCCUUGAAGAGUAUUCAUAAGCUUCAGCUGGUGCAACAUUGAGCCACGGAGGCUGGUUAUUUGGUUAUAGCCAACAGUCUGUUGAGGAAUAAGCUGGAAAGUAAGAACGCAAGGAGCACAACGACGCAGCAGCCUUCCCACGUCUCUCAUGGAUCCAGAACGGCUGGUUCAGUGUCCCUAUGACAAAAACCAUCAGAUCAGAGCCAGCCGUUUCCCUUAUCACUUGGUGAAGUGCAAGGAGAACAAUGAGAAGAUCGCUAAAAAACUAGCAACAUGCCCCUAUAAUGCCCGCCAUAGAAUUCCCAAGGAGGAGCUCAACUCCCAUCUUGAAAAUUGUGAGAAUAAAAUUCCUCUGGAUGUGUCCUGCGGGGCUACCAGUCUAAACAUGGGAAUCAAAGAGGUAACUGGCCGGCAAAGCCCACCUUCGCAGGAAGACUGGGAGGCUGAUGCUGAUAAAUCUCCUGCUCCUCUUUUUGUUUUUGGGAAGAGCUAUUCUGAACAGAAGAAGUAGAAUCUACAACUACAAAGAUUUUAUCAUGAAGAUCCCAUUGGAAGAAGAAAUCAGGACAAAUUAUUUUAAACAUUCAAGACAAUCCUUUUAAAUGUUUCAAUUUUUUUAAAAAUGUGUUUUAUCAAAAUGUUUUAAUAAAGCUGAAAAUAAA